GCCAACUCCCUUGUUAUUUCGUAAUAUCCGAACAUUUCCAAGGCAAAAUGAAGGUUGUGCUUACUGUAUUCCUUCUUCUAGAUGUGAUUUUAUUGGCCUGUACAGCGCAGAACUCUACAAUUGUCGAGCCUACAUCAGAAGUUGAAAUUCUAGAGAGCCCAUUUGGAAACUGCACCGCAAGACAAAUAUGGAAAAUACAUACCACUUGUCACACUCCCCUUAUUGUUGGUAUGCAGAAGAAGAAAGAAGCCAUGCCUUUGGUUGAACAAAUGGUGAAAUGUAAGUUUAACCUCUACAAUAAAUCAAAGUGUUUUGAAUUACACGACAUUCAAGGCUCCUUUGGUGAAUUUUUAAAUGCAACUUUGGAAGAUGUGAGGGAAAGGGCUGGGAUGAUUCAAAGUCGUCCAGUUUACCAGAUUGAUAAAGUGAAGGGCGGUGGAACUUGGAUUUUGUUUCCCUGUUCCAUUUCAAAGGACAAGUACGUGGAAGAAUUAAAAAAGUGCAAUUCUAAGAUGCAGGCAAUGUGGAAAAACGACACUGUUGACCCAAGGAUCUGUAGAGAAUUCGCCAAAACAAAAAAAUGCCAAAAGCAGCUUGUCGAUACUAAAUGUAAUUACACUGGUGAAAUUAAAAUUUUCAAUGACUUUUUGUUUGGGAACUACAACCCGUUUUGCCCUGGCGGAGUGGACAUCACAAUUACAAGUGGAGCUACCUUUUGUAAACCCUUUGGUACAAUUGCCUUGACUACAAUACUUUUGCUUGCUAUUCUGCUAGGCCAGCAGUGAGAGAAACAGGAACAGUCAUUACCGAUUCUGCAAAAUAAAUAUUAAUUUCUGGAUUCGUUAAUCUUAAUACAGCCAAAUCUCUGUUAAACGGUCAACCGCGGGAAAUAGCCAAAUGCCUGCUUAAUAAAGGUUGACCACUUAAUAGAUGUGUCCGCUUAAUAGAGGUUGGCCACUUAAUAGAGGUUGGCCACUUAAUAGAGGUUGGCCACUUAAUAGAGGUUGGUCACUUAAUAGAGGUUGGUCACUUAAUAGAGGUUGGUCACUUAAUAGAUGUUGACCACUUAAUAGAGGUUGGCCACUUAAUAGAGGUUGACCACUUAAUAGAGGUUGACCACUUAAUAGAGGUUGGUCACUUAAUAGAUGUUGACCACUUAAUAGAGGUUGGCCACUUAAUAGAGGUUGACCACUUAAUAGAGGCUGGCCACUUAAUAGAGGUUGGCCACUUAUUAGAGGUUGGUCACUUAAUAGAGGUUGGUCACUUAAUAGAGGUUGGUCACUUAAUAGAGGUUGACCACUUAAUAGAGGUUGGCCACUUAAUAGAGGUUGACCACUUAAUAGAGGUUGGCCACUUAAUAGAGGUUGGUCACGUAAUAGAGGUUGGCCACUUAAUAGAGGUUGGCCACUUAAUAGAAGCUGGUCACUUAAUAGAGGUUGACCACUUAAUAGAGGUUGGCCACUUUAUAGAGGUUGGUCACUUAAUAUAGGUUGACCACUUAAUAGAGGUUGGCCACUUAAUAGAAGCUGGUCACUUAAUAGAGGAUGGCCACUUAAUAGAGGCUGGCCGCUUAAUAGAGGUUGGCCACUUAAUAGAGGUUGACCACUUAAUAGAGGUUGACCACUUUAUAGAGAUUGACCACUUUAUAGAAGUUGGCCACUUAAUAGGGGUUGGCCACUUAAUAGAGGUCGAUUUAAUACAGCUCAACUUUAUGCAACGGUAAAUAUGAGGAAAUCUUCGAGAUUGACGAAUUUAAUAAAUG